UUUUUAUAUUGGUGGUAUGGCCAUAUAAUGGUCAUUCUCUCACUUCCUUGACCACUCUUUCUUCAAAUUAAUUCCUUCUGGACUACAGUAAGUUGUUAAUCGCAUGUCAACCUGUAUUGAAGAGGAAGGUUGCUGGAGAUGGAUGGAAAGCAUGAAGGUAAAACCACUAUCUGGAAUUUUUUUUGAUUUGCACUGUAUCUCUGUAUGCCAGUUUUAGAGCUAAAGGCAAGUAUUACUGGAACCGCUAAUUCAUUUCAUAUUUUAAACUAAUACUAAACUUCACAUGAAAGGAGCAAGACAGGUAACCACAUGUGAAUUGAACUAGUAUAGCAGACCAGUAAUGUUGAUCUAAUUUAUAACUUGAUAAGUAUUUUACUUCCUAUGGCAGGGGUAUUGCUUUUGGAGUAUUUUGAGUAAGGAUUUACUCCAGCAUCAGUCAGAUUCAUCGGUAAACCUCCAAGAACAUCAAAUUUUUAACUUCCUUAAAAUUCAAACUGUAAUCAUUUUUAAUGCAGUAUGUGGAAAAUUUGUCUGGAGCAAGACAAGUAAAUACUGCAGAAACAAAAAUGAACAGCUACUAAUGUUUGAAAUAAGGGGAAAUGAUUUAAGGGAAAGAAUGUAUAAUUGAGUUUGCAUAUUUUACCUGAACAAUGUGAAUGUUUGUAUGUGUGUGCGCAUGUUUGUGUGUCUGUGUGUGUACAUUUCCUUGAACUGAAUCUUCUAACCAUGUUGUUUUUGCUCUGGAAGGACAUCUUUAAAGUUCUGUGGAAAAGGAAUCUCCUCCUGCAGAAAGCUGCUCUCUCCAGAAAUGUGUAGUACAGUAUGUAUGAAUUUUACUGGGAUGGGGAAGGUGGAGGCUGGAAAAUAAAACAAGAGUAAUUGGCUGAGUUUUGGUGUUUGGAGAAUUUAAUUGGAUAGUCCUUCUGGUUAAGCAACUAGUUUUCUUUGGAAAAGAAUAACAACUGGAAAGGGCUUCAGGGUAGUUUUUGUUAGGAAUGCAGUGGAACAGUAGUCAAGUGUCAGCAAUGCUAAAAAAUUAAAAGCAAGAUUUAAGGAAGUGCCUUAGUUUGGCUUAUUAUUCUCGCAUGUAGCAUAGAGUUAUGAGUGAAAACUUUGGUUAUUGUGAGUAAGGCAGUCUUUUUUUUGGGCCAAAUAAUUUCAUUUUUAAAGGCAAAUCAGAACUUUAUUAUGACUCUAAAAACUAAUUUAAAGCACUUGUUUUAAGAUCUGUGCAGUAUGCAAACUAUAAACUUUGAUUUGGGAAACUAAUUGAAGUAUAGUUUAAUAUAGUUGCAAUGUAUAGUAUACUUAGUAUAUUAUCUGAAACCAAGUAGAAGCCUAAUAAAUUAAUGCAAUGAAUUUCUUAGGAGAAGAAGUGAAAUAUUGAGAAAAGCUUUAAAAGAUAAUUCACAAGAUUUCUGCCCACUCAGCAAACCUUUUUGAAAUUGCAAUUGUAAGAAAUUGUUGUUAGUUGUUCUGAAAUUGAAUAUGGUUUCCUAUUAAAAUAAGAGCAGUUGUUUGAGAAGUUACAAUUUUAGAUUGCAUGUUCAGCUACUUCUUUUAAAAAUUCUACUUAGAUAUUCUACAAUAACUUAGUGUAGGCUGUCAAUAUAUUGUUUGUAUCCAGAAGAGUAGUAACUCAUCUAUUAUUAUGAGAUUGGCUUGGAGAUAUCAUUGUCUAAUUAACAUUUUGUUUCUAUUUAAAGAUUUUGCAUUUUUGAAAGUCAGGUUCUGAAACAAGUUGUUUGAUACAUUAUGUCUCUGCUUUUGGCUCUGCUAAUUUAAAAUGCUCUCUAAUUGCACAAACAUUUACUGUGAUUAUAAAUAGUAAAUGUUAAUUGAAAUAUUUGAUCACUGUAGAACUUUGCGGAACAAUGUACUAAACAAAUUUGAUUAUUUCUAAUUUCCUAAUGUUUGAGAGCUACAAUGCAUUGACGAGUGAAACUUAUACCUGGCAGCAAGAAAAGGCCAUUUGGCUCCUUUAGCCUGCGAGCCAUUCAACUAGAUCAUAGCUGUUCUUCUACCUCAAUGCUAUUUUCCCAUUAUUUGCUAAUAUCCCUUGAUGUCCUGAAAAUCAAUAAUUCAAUUGAUCUUUACCAAUGAACAUUGCAGAUUGUCCAGAUUAGCAAGUGCUUGUGCAUAUCAUAUGCAGUGACACCCAAAGAAAGUUUUGUUUUGCAUCUGGUUUGCUUUACAUUCUAUUUAAAUCACAUUCAAAGGGAGAUUUUGAUUAGCAGUUCAAUGUUGAUGUACUGUGUUUUAGGAAGGUGAAUUGGUUUGCUGUUGUGCAUCUCCUAAUGUCUGAACGGAUCUAUAAGUAUUUGGAGAUGCCCCAAAGUAAUUUGGCCUGUUGUGGACACGGAGGAAAGCCAUGUUACUAGAAAUGAAGGGUAGAUUUUUAAAACUUAGAGGAUCAUUGCUAGUGUGAUUACAGCUUAUGAAAAUCUUCAAUUUCGACUACAGCUGAAUUUUAAGUUCAAUGGAAUUUUGAUGCUACCACCAAACCUUUUUGUAAAUAAUGCAUGGAGUUUUGCAAUUCAUCAAGGUUAAUUUAAGAAAACUAAUUUUAUUGGCUUUCUGAACUAUUUUUAUAAUUGCUCAGAAUUCUUUGAGGGCAGUUUCAAUGUUCUGAAGAACUGGUUGGUUUCAACAGCCAGUUUGAAUUAAAGUAUUGAAAAGAGAGAAAAAUAUUGUAAUUUUAUACUCAUUGAUAUGGUAUCUCCAACAACUUCCUAAUACUGUGUAAAAUUGAAACAGCAAGUACAUUUUGAAAUACGAGAAGAGCUUUCGUGCAUUUCCCUAUAGAGUUUAAAUUAUUGAAAACAUUACGGGACGUGACAACCGAUCUAUUGACACUCACUCUGGCUGCAAUAACACUGCUGUGUUUAUUUUACUCCACUAUUCUCAGAUCAAGAAUGACAUCACUAGUCAUCGCUGUGGAAAUUUAACGAUGGGAAUAUGGCCAUUUUCCUGUCAUACUCAAAUCCACUACACAUCAGUGUUAUUGAGUUAAAUAAUAGGCAAGGCUGAUUACCUUGCCAUUUGUUGAAGAGAAAUUGUGCACAUGUAAACGUCCUUCACUAUGAAAAAAAUAUGUGAACCCUGUUUGUGCAUUAACAAUUUAUUUAGUUAUUAUACAAAAAAAGUAUUUUUAUGUUGUUACAAUUUCAAACUCUUGUACAGGACCUCAGGUCAAUUAAUAGGAAUAUUGAAAGUGUUCUAAAAAAUAUUUGUCAACACACUGGUGCUGCACAGUAUUGUUGUAGGUAGACAUUAGCAGCAGUCAAAAUAAAGUGGAAUGGCUGACACAUCAGCUACAGAAAUGCUUCUGUGCUCUCAAAAACGUAAAAUGGCAGUCUUUCUUGAAUGUAUUACUCCCCAUUCUUACAUUUCAUGGAAUAUGGGUCUCCCCUUAAUGACUCCACACUGAACUGAAGGCACAAAUUAAGUAAUUCAAUGGUGCUUAAAUGGAGGAGCAGCACCAAACAACCCUGUGAGGAGGGGCUACUCCAGCCAGAAAGUCUAUUUCUCAAACUGUUGCUUCAACUCCUGAAAUAACAGGCAUCCUGAGGAGCUGAAGUAGCAGCACAGGAGGAUGGUGGUGGUUCCAAUAAAACAGGUGGAAGAGCGAGAGAGGAAAGAAGAUUGAUUUUCACAAUUUUUAAAAAAGAAAUUGUAUUUUUUUUUCCAACACCCUCUUUAGGUCCUGUUUCUGCUGGAAUAAUAAUCAGAAAAGAAAGUUAAUCUUUUCAGUAGUUCACUUCCUCUUUUAUGUCUUUCUAAUAAAUUGUUUCAGGGAUAAAGUUUAAAUGAGAGAGAUAUGGGCUAAAGGAAGAAAACCUAUUGAGGGGGAAAUCCAUUUUAUUUUCUAUACUCCUUAGAUUUUUCCUUUAAUGUAUAGAAGUGUCUGCAUGCAAUCUUUUCUUGGUUAUCAAUUUCUAUAACCUUUUCAAAAAGUUUUGAUAGUUGACAAAUGUAGGAGUCCAGUUGAUCCAGAGGAGUCUGACAUUCUAGGCAUUGAGUCUUUAAUCGCAGCAACUGGAGGAGGGACAGUGGGUGAGUGAGGUGGGGUUGUGCUAGAUCAAGAAAAACUGUUUAAUCAUUGUUAAUUAUUGACUACUUGCCCAGCGCCAAAUCUUGUUGGUUUAAUAUUGUUUAAUGGAGGCUUGGAGAGAGUUUGCAAAUUCCAGCUUUGCAAACAGUUUUUGAUUUCUAAUUUAAAUAUUUAGACCUCAGAAUCUGUAAAAGUCAAAAAUAGUCCCUGAGAAAAUCUGGGAUGUGAACAUUUGAAUCUCCUGGGGAUUAAGAAUUGUUUUUGUUUGAAUGCGUAAGUCGGACAGCUAAGUUUUUUUUUAAUGUUGUUUUUUGAAAUGCAGUAAUCUGCCAAACAACAUUUUUUUAUUCAUCCACCUGAUGUCCACAUUGCCAGUGAAGCCACCAUUUAUUGAUCAACCCUCAAAUGUAUGCAGAAGGUGAAAGGUUAAAAAAUGAUUGACUUUUGAGUGUAUCCCAGAAAAUAGAUCAGAAUGGGACCAUGUUAGCGCUGGGUUCUGGCAAGAGAUUUCAUUCUGUCAAAACUGCCUGGUGGUUACAUGGUCACCAUUACUGAUGUUAGUUUCUUCUUAAAGUUCCAGAUUUAGUUAAUUUACUUUAAAUUCUUUAACUGCCGUGGUUUUGAACUCAGUCUAUGGAUCAUUAAUCCAGACCUCAGAUUUCCAGUCUAUUAACAUUAGUAUUGUGUUACCAUUUCCAAUUUUCAUAUAAUUUCAGCUGUGAUGGUGACAUUUUCGGCCAUAAACAAUUAAUCUAUCAGUUAAGAGAGACAAGUUUUUAACGUUUGCCCUUUGUUGUUAGCAUACAGCUGGACCUUUCUCUCCCGGCAUUAGAGAAAAUCGCCCCAGUGGGAAAAGUUCUGUAAUUUCUGAAUCAUAUGUUGCUGACCAUUUGUACAAUUUAGAUUUCUUCUCAAGCUGAUAACAUAGGCAUAUUGCUUUGUUGCAUACAGCAACCCAGUUCUAGAAUAUUGAAGUUCUAGAAUAAGGAAGUCUUUCUGCAACUAAGCAGAGAUUUAGUAAGAUCACUGUACAUAGUUUUGGCUCCAUAUUUAAGAGAGAAUAUACUGGCUAUGCAGUGAAGUUAAACAUGAUUGAAUAGUUGAAGAAGAAUGUCUUCAUUCAAAGACAUGAAUUUUAGAAUUCUCCACUUUAUAUGGUUGAGAAUGCUCCAUCACUGAAUAUUUUAAAGCCUGAGGUAGACACGUUUUUAGACUUGCUCUGAAUUAAGUAAUAAUUAGCAGAGAGUGGGAAAGUGGAGUUGAGGCCAAAGAUCAUGUAUGAUCUUACUCAAUAGCAAAUAGGCUUGAGGAGGCAUAUGGUCUACUGCUCCUAUUUGUCAUAUUCUUAUAUACUUUUUCCAUUUUGACCAGGAUUUAUACCUUUCAACUUGUAGGGAAUGGGUCCUUUAUGAAUUUAUUUGUUUGGUCUUUCCUGUUGCAACUAAUUUUGUUUUGUGAAUCAGCGUUUGCUUUGUAUUGCAUAUGGAAUUGGAAAUGUAUGGAAGGUGGAGGAAAAUCUCUUGUUAUUUCAAAACAAAAUUGCUAAGUCUGUCUUUCUGGUGAAUACAAAAAUAGUUGCAAUUGUGAAAUCCUGUUUGUAAAACAAAACCUUUCCAGAUACCUUUAGAUCUUGGGAUUAUUUUUAUCAGUGUACAACCUAGGAUAAUUGACUACACAUGAAAGGAUUUGAAAUAUUAAUUGCAUUUCUGCUACUCAGGGUUCUCUGUAAAUAUUAUUUAUUUACAAAUCAAGGGUCUCUGUAGUGAAAUGCACAACAGAAGCUAUUCUUAGAAUUCACAGGAUUGCCAUUUAAAGGUGCUUUUGGAUGAAAUGAAAAAUCAUAUGGAAAUGGUCACCAUGCUCUAAGGUAAGGUAGCGAUUACAAAUAGUAACCAGUUCGGUGCCAUUUAAAGUAACCCAGCCAGCUCCUUAAUUUUAUUAAGUUUUGUUAGACUAGCAAUUGCUUCCAGGCUUUAAUAUUCAUUAGAAACGAGCAUCCAAUGGAAGAAAUUUUUCGUGGAAGAAGAGAAACUUGACAAAUUUGCCUGAUCCUAAAUUACAAAUUUAUUUAUGUCAAUCACAAUAUUUUAAAGGGAAUAAUAAAGAAAGUAGAGUAAUUUUGAAAAAAAGAAUGACUGUCCUGAAUUUUAUAUUCAAAUGAUCCAUUGCAUGCUGCUUUUAUAUGCAUUUUGUCUGUAAGUGUUUUUCUUAACCUUUUUUUUUAAUAUGGCAAGCAUCCCAUUUCUCGAUUCAGGAUCAGGCUUGUACAAUACAUGCCAACAACAAUGAUAAGCUGGUUCCAUUUAAAGCUUGAGAUGAAGACUCUUCUGAAAAAGUGCAGUUAUUUUCUGCCUCUACAGUAUUGUUUUGUACAAUCUGAGCAUUGCAACAAGGGUGCAUUGCUCUUUUCAUGUCUUAACUCAAUUGUUAUUUACAGCUGCAAAGGUGUGAUAUUGAAUGGUUACAAAUGUAAUCUUGUGACAUUCCACUGGAAUUUACACUUACAGAAAUAUUUAUAUAAUCUGAAUAAAACAUAACUGGAGAGUUGGCAAGAACAGCCAUUUUGAAUUUGACUUGGUGUUAAAUGCAGUUGAUCAGGAAGUGGACAGUUGUUUUCAUGUGGUGAAUCAUCGCUGAAAAGAAUAACAUGAUCCGAUUAGCUACACAUUGAAAAUGAGAUGAGUGAUUCAGCAUUACAGCAACUUUCUAACUAGGGCUUGAUCCUCUUCUGGGCUUAACUACGAAAGAAUUGCUGGAACUGCAGUUAAUAUUUAAUUUGCAAAUUGGCACAGUUUAUUAAGCUAGUAUAUUUGAUUUGUAAAUGAGACUGCUUGAACUGAUGGACUGUAAAAUAAUUUCUGUGAUUUCUUCAAAGCUGUUUUCAUGCCUUUUUGGAUUGUUACAAAGAAAGUUUAUUUUAAAUUAUCAUGGACCAGAGCUCAGAAUUCUGAUGUUUGGAUACAUAGUGGUGUACGCUUUCUGACUUGCUGUACAUUGCAGUUUUGUUUUAAACGAGACCUUGUAUAAAUCAGACAGAUGUUUGACAUUUUAAAUUUCUGCUGUAGAUGUUGUCUGAAAGUAAUGAAUCAUUAUUCAAAUUGAACUAUUCCUGUUUGAAAAUGUGUAUUUUGGUUCUAAAUGUCAAGUUGAUUCUAUAGUUUUUGUAUGUUCAAAAAUUUACUCUGAAGGACAAUGAAUGUCAUCUGUUAUUAAUGUACAAAUUAAUUUGUACUGAAGCAAGUUAGUAACAAGGGCUGAAGGAGCAGAUUUCUACUUGCAUGAAGUGUGGGUAAUUUGACUUGAGCAGGGUAAUGGUGGGUUUGGGAUUGCUAUACAGCAUACAUAUGAACAGAUACAUUAAGAACAAAAGUAUUCCCCAAUUCAAUAAGAUCAUAGUUUAUCUGUUUGUAUUUGGAAUUAAGCAUUCCCAUCUACCUCCUUUGAUUCCCUUGCCUUACAGAAUUUAUCUACCAACUCCUUAAAAAUACUCAGUGACUCUGCCUCUAUUGUUUUCUGAGGCAGAGUGUUUAAAAGUUGCACAACCUGCUGAUAAAUUAUAAUUCUCAUCUCUGUUCGCUGACCCUAAUUUUUAAGGAGAGCUAUCUAUUCUGGACUUAGCCACAAGAGGAAACCUGUCAAGAUCAUUUAGGAUCUUGAAUACUUCCGUCAUGUCAACUUUCUAAACUUGUGUAAACCAGUCUUUACUAAUAAGACAGUGCAGUUAUUCUAGAUAUCAAUCCAGUAAACUUCCUCAGAACUGUUCCAGUGCAUUUAUAUCCUUACUUAAAUAAGCAGAUCAAUACUGAUCACAGUAUUCAGGAUGUGGUCUCACCAAUGCCCUGUAUAACUGACUUAGAAGCAUCCUUGCUUUAAAGUUUAAUUCCUGUCAUAAUAAAGGCUAGCUUUCUAUUAACCUUCUUAAUCACUUGCUGUACCAGCACACCAACUCUUUGCGAUUCAUGCAUCAGAAUACUUAGAUCCUUCAGCACCCUAGAAUUCUGUGCUUGUUUCAAUUUGCCCUGCUUCCUCAUUUCUCCUGCAAAGUAAGCAACCACACAUCCUCCCACCGCACACUCCAUCUGCCAGACCCCAACCACUCAUUCACCACAUCCAUCUGCAGCCUUCCUCUGCCCACAUUUGUCCUCUCUAGAAUUUGUUCUGUUCCCAUAUUUAAAUACAUCAGCAAUUGUAACAAUAGCAGAAGAAAUGAGAUAGCUGCAAUAACAGCAGCUGCUAUUCCAGGUAUAUGGAAAUCACCUGCCAAAAUCCUGUUUAAUUGGGUGAACUUGUUGAAGUCAGUACUGAGCUUCACCUUUUAAUUUCUGCCAUAAUCUUUGCCAUCUGCUAGUUAAUGAUAUGAAGAACUAUGCAGCUUGUAAAAAUGCUUAUGUAUUAUUAUUCAUAAUAAAUUAGCCCAGUAAACCCUUGUUGAAAUGAACAGAAUUACAGGUGAAUUCAGAGGGAUAGCAGCAUUGUUUAGUAGGAGCAACAAUUGCAAGCUGCUUGUUGCUGCCUCAGUAAAUUGUGCACAUGAUGAAAUGUGGCUGCCUGCAGUUCUUGUUUGCAAAAAUCAUGAUUUAGUAGAAGACAUUAAAAAUGUUAUGAUUUAGCAGCAAGAGCAUUGUUUAAACAGUUUUUCUCUCUAAACCUUAAAUAUCCAGGACUUAUUAAUCAGAAAAAAAAUUCCUCUUGACUUAUUUCAAGAGGAAAUAAUUCAAAAUAAGCCACUGUAAAAUACCUUCAUACUGUACUAUUCUUUUUUAAAAAUAAUGGAUCUGCAUCAUACCUCUGCCUCCACUUAUUACUCUUUCUAUACAGUUUUUUUUAUCUACUACACCCCAAUUUCCUUUUUCACUGUAACUGGAAGUAUUGAAUGCAUGGAUCACAAUAAGGGAUAACUUUAUCAAAUGUGUUGGAAUAAAUAGAAUAUUUAAAAUGAUUUGGAUUUGAAUGAAAAUUACCGUUUAUUUUGUGUGCAAUCCUUGCAAGUAAUUGGCUUUACAUUCUCAAUAAGAGUUUUAUUUAUUCAAAAUGGUGAUGCAUUACCUGAAUCUAAUUCUUAACUUGACACAAUUUGAGAAAAUUCUGUUUUGAUUGCCUAUUUUUCAGAAUCUGUAUCUUGCAGUGAACUCCGUACCGGAUUUACUGAUUUCUCCCUCCUAAAAAGAAAAAUGACAUACAUGCACGCUGUUAUGUAAAUAUAGAUUGGAAGUGGAAUAGUGUAGAUAUCCUGAGACAUCCACUUUUCCAUAAAAUCCUUUUUGUAAGAGCUGAUUAUCUUGGUAAUUUACUUUGUUACAUCAAUUGUACAUUAGUCAUAUUGGGAGUUUGAUGUAUAUUUAGAGACUAUUGGUUUUAGUUGCACAGAAUUUUCUUACGAUGACCAAUACAUGGCAAUUGAGUGUGUAAUUGAUGCAUCCAAUUUUUGCAUUGACGUUUUGUAUUUAUGUGUGGACUUCUAUUAAAGAUGUUUGUUGUCUUUUUUAUAUAUAUAUUUAUAUAUUAUACAUAUAGUGAAAAUCAUUGAAAUUCUAAUAAAAUUGUCCCCCAUGAUGUGAGUUGACUUCAUGAUCUAAUAAAGUUGCCAUUCUUGUGGUUUCCACUUCCUCCUUCAAGUCAUGCGUCUGCAUAUUCACACUGUUGACAUCGGUACCGUAGAUUUAUGUGGGAGGUAAGUAUUUUCACUUAGGUAAAACAAUAACCAAGAUUAAUUCUAAUGUAAACAUCUCAGCUAUUAUUAAGUAUGAUUAAACUUGCAUUGUUUACUUUCAGGAGUGUUUUACAAACUCUGCCACUUCAUUCUUCAGUCAACUGCUUUUCUUGUCAAGCGUCUCCUGGACUACACAGCAUUGAGUGAAUCAAACCUGCAGUAUGGCUUGUUCUUAAGUCUUGGAUUGUUUUUGACUGAAGUAGUCCGUUCCUGGUCACUGGCAAUGACCUGGGCACUGAACUAUCGCACAGCUACUAGGCUUCGAGGAGCUGUCCUGACCAUGGCAUUUGACAAGAUUCUAAAACUUAAGAAUAUAAAGGAGAAAUCUUUGGGUGAGCUUAUCAAUAUCUGUUCAAGCGAUGGACAGCGACUGUUUGAAGCUGCUGCAGUCGGAAGUUUGCUUGCAGGAGGGCCUCUUGUAGCAGUUCUGGGAAUGAUUUAUAAUGCCACAUUGCUUGGUCCUACUGCAUUUCUUGGUUCUGCAGUCUUCAUACUUUUUUACCCAGCUAUGAUGUUCAUGUCCCGGUUGACUGUAUACUUCAGAAGGAAGUGUAUUUCUGUGACUGAUGAACGUGUUCAAAGGAUGAAUGAAAUAAUUUCUUACAUAAAAUUUAUCAAAAUGUAUGCUUGGGUGAAGGCGUUUUCUCAGAGCAUUCUCAAAAUACGAGAGAAGGAACGACAAAUUUUGGAGUAUGCUGGAUAUUUUCAAAGCAUUUCAGUGGGUGUUGCUCCAGUUGUUGUGGUUAUAGCUAGUGUGGUAACUUUUUCUGUCCACAUGCUCUUAGGAUAUGACCUCACUGCUGCAGAGGCUUUCACUGUGGUGACAGUUUUCAAUGCUAUGACGUUUUCUCUUAAAGUCACUCCAUUCUCUGUGAAAUCACUUUCUGAGGCAUCUGUAGCUGUGGAGAGAUUCAAGAGUUUAUUUCUAAUGGAAGAAUUUCACAUCAUAAGAAAGAAGCCAGAAUGUUCUCAAAUCGCCAUAGAGCUGAAAAGCGCUACUCUGGCUUGGGACUGCCCAGACUCCAGUGCUCAGGCUUCACCCAAGAUGACUCCCAACUUCAAAACAGACCAGCACGAUACCAGAAUGAAGAAAGAGAAAAAGAAACUACACCAGAAUGUACAAAGUGGUCCACUAACUGAACAAAAUGGACAUCUGCUAAUAGACAAUGAUGAACAACCCAGCCCUGAUGAGAACAAAGGGAUUUAUUUGACUAAUCCCAGACUGCAGAGAACUCUCUACAAUAUCAACCUUAGUAUUCCAAAGGAGAAGCUGGUUGGAAUCUGUGGCAGUGUGGGCACUGGCAAAACAUCCUUGAUUUCUGCUGUGCUGGGACAGAUGACCCUGAUAGAAGGAAGUAUUGCAGUUGAUGGAGAUUUUGCUUACGUUGCCCAGCAAGCAUGGAUUCGAAGUGCCACUGUCAGAGAGAAUAUUGUGUUUAGCAAAGCAUUCAACGAAGAAAGAUACAACAGUGUACUUACUGCGUGCUGCCUGAGACCGGAUCUUGCAAUAUUGCCCAAUGGGGAUAUGACAGAGGUGGGAGAACAUGGAGCUAAUUUGAGUGGAGGACAACGACAGAGAAUCAGUUUGGCACGUGCUUUGUACAGUGACAGAAGCAUUUAUAUUUUGGAUGAUCCUCUCAGUGCAUUGGAUGCUCACGUAGGAAACCACAUCUUUAACAAUGCAAUUAAAAAGCAGCUGAAAUGGAAGACUGUUCUCUUUAUCACCCAUCAACUCCAGUAUCUGGUAGACUGUGAUGAAGUGUUGCUGAUGAAGGAUGGCUGUAUAACUGAGAGAGGGUCUCAUGAAGAGUUAAUGAUUUUGAAUGGUGAUUAUGCUGCAAUGUUCAACAAUCUACAACUGGGAGAUACUCCACAUGUUGAGGUAAACAAAAAUAACUUGAACAAUUCCUUAAAGAAAUCUCAAGAAAAAAGCCAGACUGGAUCUGUGAAGAAAGAAAGAAACACAAAUAAGGCGGCAGAUCAGCUUAUACAAGCGGAGGAUAAAGGGAAAGGUUCUAUACCAUGGUCUGUGUACGGUGUGUACAUCCAGGCAGCAGGCGGCCCUCUUGUAUUUUUCCUUGUGAUGAUUCUUUUCGUCCUGAAUGUAGGGAGUGUUGCUUUUAACAACUGGUGGCUUAGUUACUGGAUCAAUGCAGGCAGUGGGAAUAUAUCUGCAACUUUGGAGAAUGAAACAUAUGUAAGUCACAACAUGAAGGACAAUCCACAUAUGCAUUACUAUGCAGGGAUCUACGCACUGUCAAUGGCAGUAAUGCUAAUUAUAAAGGGAGUCCGUGGUGUUGUAUUUGUUAAGGGAACACUUGGAGCCUCAUCCAGGCUGCAUGAUGAACUCUUUCACAAGAUCCUCAGGGGUCCCAUGAAGUUUUUUGACACCACUCCUUCUGGCCGAAUCCUUAAUAGAUUCUCAAAAGAUAUGGAUGAAGUGGACACACGGCUACCUUUCCAAGCAGAGAUGUUUAUUCAGAACAUCAUCCUGGUGUUUUUCUGCAUUGGUGUAGUUGGUUCUGUCUUUCCAUGGUUUCUUGUUGCUGUUGGCCCUCUUGUCAUUCUGUUCAUGAUUCUCAACCAAGUAUCAAGGAUAUUUAUUAGAGAGCUGAAGCGUUUGGACAAUAUCACUCAGUCUCCUUUUCUGUCACAUAUCACAUCCAGUAUCCAGGGACUAACUACAAUCCAUGCUUACAACAAAACUGGAGAGUACCGACGCAGGUAUCAGGAGCUGUUAGAUGCUAAUCAGGCUCCAUUCUUCUUGUUCACCUGUGCAAUGCGCUGGCUUGCUGUGAGAUUGGAUAUAGUCAGUAUUGCUCUUAUUGGCACAACUGCAGUGAUAAUAGUUGUAAUGCAUGGACACAUUCCUCCAGCUUAUGCAGGACUUGCCAUUUCCUAUGCUGUUCAGCUCACCGGUUUAUUUCAGUUUACUGUUCGACUUGCUUCUGAGACUGAGGCUAGGUUCACCUCUGUGGAAAGAAUUAAUCACUACAUAAAGACUCUCAAAUUGGAGGCUUCAGCUCGUAUUAAGGAUAAAACUCCACCUGCAGACUGGCCUCAACAAGGGCAAAUAACAUUUGCAAAUGUAGAGAUGAGAUAUCGUGAGAAUCUACCUCUGGUGCUAAAGAAAGUGUCCUUUACCAUUAAACCUCAAGAAAAAAUUGGUAUUGUGGGCAGAACUGGGUCAGGUAAAUCUUCGUUAGGAAUCGCACUAUUCCGAUUGGUUGAGCUCUCAGGCGGUUCAAUAUUCAUCGAUGGAGUGAACAUUACUGAAAUUGGUUUGGCCGAUCUUCGCAGCAAACUAUCCAUUAUACCCCAAGAACCAGUUUUGUUCACUGGCACUGUAAGGUACAAUCUAGAUCCUUUUCAGCAGUACACUGAGGAGCAAGUAUGGGAUGCAUUGGAACGAACACACAUGAAAGAAUGUAUUUCUCAACUGCCUUUAAAAUUGGACUCUGAAGUGGUGGAAAAUGGAGAGAAUUUCUCUGUUGGAGAGAAACAGUUAAUAUGUGUAGCCAGGGCUUUGCUACGGAGAUGUAAGAUUCUAGUGUUAGACGAAGCGACUGCUGCCAUGGAUACAGAGACUGAUUCUCUGGUGCAAGAGACAAUCCGGGAAUCAUUUGCUGAAUGUACUAUGUUGACCAUUGCACAUCGUUUGAAUACGGUACUCAACUGCGAUCGCAUCAUGGUGCUAAGUCAGGGCCAGGUUAUGGAAUUUGAUGAGCCAUCUGUUCUUCUCGCCAAUGAAAACUCAAGAUUUUGUGCAAUGUUUGCUGCUGCUGAAAAUAAAGCCACAAUAAAGGGCUAACAAAGUCUACAGAAUUUUCUUCAGAAUUAACUUACUUGCUGCUUGUGAUAAGUUGUCAACAUUUCUCUAUCCUGGGACAACAUAUCCUCAGUUGUUUUACAACAACUUACACUAUUUAUGUAUGCCCAGAGUAAUUUCAGAUACUCUAAGACUUUGUUUUCUGAAUUUUCUUUUAGGAUUUUUAAUUGAAAGCUGAGCUAAUUCUAUUAACUACAAAUCAAUUCAAGGUUCAGGGAGCCUUAGAUGUUAGUUUCAAAUGCCUAUAAGUUAAGCCUCAGACAUUACAGAUCUAUAAAUCAAUACAUAGAGUAUUUGCAGUGCGUAUAUGCUGUGCUUUAUUUUGUAUUCUAUUUUUGCACUGUUAUAUUGUGCUUUCUUUUAUAAUCUACUCCUGUACAGUUUUACACUGUAUCAGAAUUUGCUAUUUAACUGUGAGACAGUUGUCAAUGUCAAGUUAUAUUUAUAUAGAAUAAAGAUUACACCAAUUCAUAAAUCAAAUUAAUAUUCUUCACUGUUUAAUCCAGACAGCAGUAGAUGUUGUCAUGGUAAACAGUACCAAAUAGAUUUAUUUUAGUCAUUCUGAUUCUAGUAUGGCACUAAAUUCUUUGGAGUUUUUUUUGUUACUAGGAAAAAUAUACCUCAGGUUCAAAUUAUUUUACCGUAUGAUUUGUACUGUUGACAUUUAUUGUCCAUGUGCACUAUGGGUAUAAGCUACUUCCUUAAGACCAUGUAAAAGUGGUUCUUGCUGUUACCAUAGAAUGCUUGUUGUACCAAUCCUGGCCAUGUUGCACGUAUUUGUCACCUUGUAGAGUUUAGAGCCUUAGCAUGAUUUUGCAAAUCAAGAAAACCUGCCUUGUUAAAUCUUUAAAUAUAAAUAAACUAUUUUAUGUUAAUACA